AUGCGUUAUAAAGAUCUUUUGGUGGUCGUUGAACCGAAUGAAAUUAGAUUUGCUCAUACGAUACAGAACAAUCUCUAUCGACGGACGAUUCAUGUCAAAAAUGUCGAUACAAGAAGCAAACGAAUUCAAAUAUUUCGUCCAUCAAACAAAGUAAUUCGAAAAAUUCUUUCGUCAGACAAUGUUUUAUCAGUAUUUUUCUUUGAGGAUUUUCAAUUGAUUGUCGAAAAUCCUGAUCAACCUGUUCCACCUGGUCUGGAAGUAACCGGUGUUAUCGAAUAUGUUGCUAAAAUUAACGAAGAACGACGUGACACGAUUGUAGUUGAUAUCGAUGGACGAGAAAUUAAAAUUCCUCUCUACGCUUUUCCCGCCCGAUCGGAAGUUUCUGUUGACGAAAUGGUUGAUUUCGGCAUUCAUGUUGCUGAUAAUAAAACUGUCUUCAAGAAGGUCAUGGUCAGAAACACAGGCCGUACACCAGCAACAUAUCAAAUUCAUUACAAAGGCGGACAUCCAAUUGCAUUUACACCCCAAUCGGCAGUUGUUCAACCAAACUCCUCUCUAUCCGUCGAAGUAUCGCUAUUAACAUCAUCAUUAAUGUUAAUUGAUGAUGUUGCAACAUUAGAAGCAUGUCAUGAGACACAUGCAAUAAAAUUGAGAGGAAAGAUUAUGAAUCGUCGAUUGUGUUUACUUCAUCCAGAAAAUGAUGAAGAAUUACGAAAGCUUAAUUUUGGUUCGUGUUAUUACGGGUGUGAUUUAACAGCUGUGGCUAUUCUCUACAAUGAUUCGCCUGAACCUGUUGCUUAUUCAGCAUUAAUUGAUGAUUCAAAACAAUCGGAUCAUGAUGAAAAAGAAACCAAAGAUACCGAAUAUACAUUGAAUCCACUGAAUUCAAUGAUUACUGUUUUUCCUAACCAAGGCAUUCUCAAUCCAUUCGAAAGACGUCCUUUAUUUUUCCGCUUUAGUCCACGAGCUUAUUCACCUAAACAAGCGUUUGCUACCACGCUUGACUUGCCACCUCGACGAGAUGUUGCUGCUUUUAUGUACUUCGAAUUAUUAGGCGCAAGUCCUGGUCUAUCAAAAAUCGAACAAAGUAAAACAAAACUUGAAAUAGCUGUCGCAGGAACAGCGCUGCCCGUUGUUUUAUCACUCGAACCUCAUGAGUUACAUUUCCCAACGACAUAUAUCGGACAAAAGCAUGAGCAAAUUAUUCAUAUAUACAAUCAAUCGGAUUUUAAACCGAUCGACUUUCGUUUUCCAUCGGUGGCGAAUUUCGCAGCUUAUCCUGCAAGUGGCCGAUUAAAACCAAGAGAAAAAUUGAAAAUUACAGUUACAUUUAUUCCUCAUCAGAUGGGUAACAUUAAUAAAACACUCGUAUGUGAAGUAGUAGGCUCAGCAAUUCAUUCACGCUCUCCUAUUCACACACAAUCAAAAGCGAUUCAUCAAGCUCAAUGUUUCUUAACUGGUCAUGCGUCGAUAAUUACGGAAAUUCCACCGGAAAAGUUCAAUAUGGGCUUAAAACCAUUAAUUGCCAAUGAAGUUGGUAUCAAUGUCAAUACAACACAUGAUUCGUUAAAACCAUUUCAUCCCCGUGCCGCUGUAUUGAACAGUACACACGAUAGAACACAUGUGAAACGAACAUCAUCUACCUAUUUGGAUAAUUUCAAGAAGCACAAAGUUUCGUUUCCUAAUGAUCGAGCACGGAGCAUAGGUCCAUUCAAUCGUGAUGAUAGCUUCACAACACCUUUUACAAGAGAAGAACGGUAUAAUUAUGUUGAUCCUGAUUAUGCGUACACAGAUCAAGAAAGAAAAUUAAUUACACAACAUAACAGUUCUUACAAUAACUUAUUUACUGAACAACGAUAUCAACGAACAGAAGCGAAACGAACGAAAGAAUUGCAGAAAUAUGACAAUAACACUGAUCUUGGAAUGAAACCCGGCAAUGAUCUAGAAUCGCCUCGAAUCGCCCUAGCUGAAGUAGAGAAAAAUGUCAGCAAAGCAGCAGUUCCGUCGUAUCCUAAUUGGAAAUUUCGUGUGCCGACGACAUCGGAAUUAGCUGAACAAGAGCAAACGUUGUUGCAUAAGCCAGUUAAAGAAGGUCUCAAUUCUGUUCCGACAACUUUCAAAGAAAAAAAAGAAUGUGCCGUGCAUUUAUCGCCAAGUCAACUUUUCAAAGUCGUCGUUGGACCGGCAGAGUUAGAUUUUGGGGAAGUCUGUGUCAAUGCACCAGUCACGAAAUUUCUAUCAGUUUUGAACAAUCUCGAUCAGUUUAUUGUCGUUCAAAUCGAAGUCGAUUCGGCUGCUCUGAAAAUGACCUCACCACUAUGUCAAGUCAUUCCGGGCAAAUCUCACGUUCAAUUUCCAAUAACAUUCGAGCCAUCACAAAUCGGUCUUUAUCAACGCUCGCUUUCGUACGUAAUCAACAAUUUCUAUCGACAUUAUGUCAAAAUUAUUGCUGAUGUUCGUUUGCCAACGGUUCAAUUAUCAACAGAAAAACUUGUUAUCAAAUCAUUGCCACAUCUUUUAGCUGAGGAUUCCUUCCGGCGAGUGGUCAAUCUGUACAAUCCAUUGAAUGCACCAGCAGAAUUUCGUUGGGAACCAGUUAUAGGGCCUAAAGGCACAGCGUUUUCCAUUCGACCAGCGACAGGAAUCAUUGAGCCUUAUCAAACGAUCGAUUGCGAAGUUGUUUGGUAUGGUAGUACACAGGCACCAUUGGAGAACUUUUUUACAUUAUACGUUUCAUCAACGAACGAUUCGCGAAAAAUCUCUGGUUAUGAUCAAUCAGCAAAAGGACACAACGAAACGACAUUGUCACUUCAGUGUGUAGCGCAAAUUGGAAAGGGUAAAUUUCGAAUUCCAGAAAAACGAGUUAACUUCGGUACCAUUCCAAUCAAUAUGACAUCGAAACAAACAUUUACAAUUAUUAACGAAGGAUCGAAUCAUUUAUUUUACGAAAUUGUCGAACCAAAUCCAUGCCCUGGCGUCGUGAUCAAUCCACCGAGUGGUCUCGUCACCGCUGGUUCACAAUCAAGCGUUACUAUAGAAGUAACACCAAUCGAAUUAAUCAAAUUCGAUAUUAAAUUCGGUUUGAAAGUUCUUGGACAACGCGAACAAGAAAUUCGUAUGACAGGCGAAGUUAUCGAGCCUGAUAUCACCAUUCCCGAAGGAGAAUUCAAUUUCAGCGGAGUACCGAUCUUGAUGAAAGCCUCGAAGCAAUUCCACAUUGAAAAUAAGGGAAGUGUAAAAGGUAUCGUGGAAAUCAAUCUAUCGAAAUAUCCAGAUUUCAGUAUCGAUACACACCCACCUAUCGGUAACGAAGAAUGUUGCACUAAAAAUGGUCAAAUCUAUAGUAUAACGGUUCAACCAAAUGAAUCUAUCAAAGCAGAAUUAAUUCUCAUUCCAUCCGAAAUCGCAUUUUAUGAAUUCUUUCUGCCAAUUCGCACUUGUCCACCACUACUGAAUGUCGAAGGUUUAUCUCAAGCAUCUAAACCACGAUCGGCUUCACAUCCUCAACGUGAAUUGAGCGCAACUGAACGACAAUCUCUCCAACCAUCGCAUCCUCCCAUACGUCGUCGAGUUCACGCUACUGCCUUAUCCGAUUGCCUCCAGUUAUCAACAAAAGAUUUAUAUUUUCAAAUGUAUCCAACUCAAUUCAAUGCUAUGAAACAAGGUGCCUAUCUAGAUUGUCAAGAAAUCAUGUUAAUGAAUAAUAGCAAAAAGCGAAUACAUUGGCAAUUGGAUCUACGUAAUGAUGUCACUCUAGAAAACGACAUUUUUCGUAUUGUACAUUCAACGUUGACUGCAUUUAUCGGCUCAGCAUCAAGUAUUGGACCUGAAGGUGAAAUAGAUCCGAAAGGAAUCUUUUCAUUCAAAGUCAAUUUCUCUCCGAAUAAACCUGGAACAUAUAAAACACGUAUACCACUUUAUGUCAAUCAUAAUCAGCAAACACCUUAUACAUAUAUCGAUUUGACCGGAGAAUUUUUAGUACCAAGUUUAAUUUUUGAACCUAAACGUUUAAUUCUUCCACCAGUACCAUUGGACAUCGAAUGUGCUGGAACAGUUCGUAUACGACCAAAAGGUUUUGAAAGAAAUACACGAUUGAUCAUAUUAGCAAAUGAAAAACCAGUUGAUGCUCCGUAUCAAUUUCGUGCAUCAUUUCCUGAACCUGCGAUAAUCAAUGUUGAUAAACCACAAGAUUUCGUCAUGAAAGUAACGUUUAAUAGUCACCAGCCAUUUUCCGAACAAAUCGUUGUGAAGAUUAUCGAUGAAGAAAAGAAUUGUUUUGAAUACGAAGUUUUUGUUACUGCCGACAAUUCAAUAUUCACAUGCUAUUCGUUUCUGUGGAAAUCAGAAAAUGAUUAUCAGAUCGUCGUUCAACCAGGUCAAAUUAUGAAGGGAAGUCGAAUUAAAUCGGAUGAAAGUAAUUCCAGCGGAGAACCUUUGUUGGUACAAAAACGAAUAGCUACAAGUUCGAAUUCACGACCAAAUACAAGUACGAGUGCAACAUUUGAUCAAACAGAUCAAGCUUCCGAUGGAGUAUCUUUGGAUGGAACUACACCUGGACAAAAUCGAAAUGAACGUUCGCCGACGCCUUAUGAUCGACUUCGUUCGAGUUUGUCGCAUACAUUUCAUGGCACCAAUAAUUUUCAACAAGAAUUAAAUGCAACUUCAGUUCCUUCGUUAGAUAUCGAUUCUAAAACAUUCCAAUGGCUGAUUAUAACUCUCGAGCGAUGGUUUGCCAAUCAAGGUUGGCCAAAAGAUAUCAAUCCCGUGAAAAUUCCUCAAUCGUUCCGAAACGGAUUGUUUCGACGACAAUUCGAAACUGUUGGAGCAAAACAAACAGCCAAAGAAGAACAAAAGACUAUCUACGAUAUGAUUACACAUUUAAGUGGACAUUCCUUACCCGGUAUACCACAAAAUUCUGUCCCACCGAAAAAGAAGGAUGAAGCAACUAAACAGUAUCUCUGGCAGCAUCGUUUAUUAUUAUUAUUUUUAAAAACACAAGGUUCAUGUACAGCUUACAUCCGUCCGGAAUUUCUUCUCCCACCGGAUCUCUACAAAGUCUAUGUACAAAUGCGCGAAACUGCUCUAUCACCAAGCACACCAGCUGAUCAGAAAGACAGCGAAUUUGCUCAAGAACGCACUGAACCUAUUCAUUUAUCCAAUGACGUUUUUGAAACUGUUUCCAAAAAGACAUGGAUCGAUGUUCUGAUGCAAAUUUUAAAAAGUCUGGUACUCGGUCGUAUAACUCCGAAAUCUUAUGAACAAUUAGGUAUACCCGAUCGAAACAAAGCCAUGCCAGAUAUCAAUACCGAUCCAGCAUCAAGUAAUAUCUAUGGCGUUAGUGAACGAAUUUUAUUGACAUGGCUUAACUACUGUUAUUCAAACUAUCGCGAACAAGUCUGGACACAUCGUGAUCAAUCUGAUAUGCCAUCUGGACGAUGGAUUGUUAAUUUCGAUAUUGAUCUUGUUGAUAGUAUCGUUCUCGCUACUGUUUUGGGUGCUUAUUGCCCAUUUUUAAUUGAGUCUCAAUUGCAUCGCAUGUACGUCCAUCCCAAGAGCGGUGAACAGUAUUUACAAAAUGCUCUGAUCCUCGUUUCGUGUUUACUCCAACUCGGUUUUGAAUACGAUCUUCAAGCAUUAGAUAUCACCCGUGCUGAUCCAAUAUGCAUGUGUUUACUUGUUUGUCAUCUGUACGAACGUUUACCUGAUUAUCUUUCGCGAGGCACCAUACAAUUUACGGGUAUUUUACACGAACCAUCGACAUCACAAGUGAAAAUAAGUAAUCCAAGUCCUCAAACUUUGAUUUAUACCAUGAGUGUCAUCGGUCGCGAUGCUGAUGAAUUUCAACUUGUCAAAGGUUCAACCAUUUCAAUUCCUGGUAAAUCCUCCUUAUUAGUCAAUCUUCAAUGUAAAAACAAACGUCUUCGACCAACGGACGCUGUUCUCUUAUUAAACAGCAAACGAAUCAACGCGUAUUCAGGUUCCCCUCUGGUCUUUAACUUACAAGGCUCAAUACAAACAAUUACAGCCAAAUGUGUCUAUGCAACCAAGAAAACACAUCGUAUCGAAGCGCCGAUCUACAAAAUAGCGAAAUCCACGAUCGAUGUCACUAAUCCAUUUGAUCAAGGUGGCGUUUUUCAAAUAGCAAUUGUCAAUUCAUCAGAAAAUGAACAGGAAAUGAAAAAUCCAUUGGCUGUAACAACCGAAGAAAACAAAAAAGAAACAGUAGAAGAAUUGUUUCGUAAUUUAAAGAAAAAUAAGAAACUCUCCAGUCAAGAAAAUGAUUGUUUCUUCAUCGAACAAACUUCUAUCGAACUCAAAGCCCAUGAAACGACCCAAUAUGAAGUUCAGUACAUAGCAACGACGACCAAACGUCGCGAAGCAUUGCUUGUCUUCAUGAAUGAAACAAUCGGAGAAUUUCUUUUCCUUAUUGAAGGAAUUCCAAAGAAACCUGAACUAUUUCCCGUGUCAGGUGAAAAGGCGAUUAAGGUCGAUCAAAAGAAAGGAGUCAAGCCAGGUAAAGUACGAUUUCGAGCAAUUGUCGGCGUACCGUGUCAAUUCGACGUGGAUGUACCUGUUCAAAAUGCUCAACGACAUAAUGCUUUAGUUGCCGUUCGAUGGCAGGGCAUGUCAGAACGUGAACGACAAAAGCAAACUCUACUUGGUUUGACUGAUCAAUUACCUGAUUCGUCGAAGAAAUCUUUACAUCCAUUUUCACGCUUACCUGAAUAUAAAGUUCAAUCAUCCUCAACAACGACAAAUUUCGUUGUUCCAAGUGUUUUACCAUUUCCAUUAGAAGAAUUAACAGUAAAAUUACCGUUUCGUUUUCAAGCUGAUAAACCUGGUAUUUAUUCAACGAGAAUUAUUUUAUCAUGCGGCGAUGACAUGCGCGAGUUCGAAAUUGAAGUUAAUUGUAUGACGCAGAGUGAAAAUGAAAAACAACCAGCGACGUUAUACAUGAGAACGAGCGUAUUUACUCCUGUACAACAACAUAUUCCUAUUGCAAACGCGACUGAAGAUGAUUGGAAUAUGGUUGUCACUUUAUCAGGUAACAAAGCAUUUUCCGGACCCAAAGCAUUUCGUGUCGAAGCUAAAUCGGUGUAUCAAUAUCCGUUGACAUUUAAUCCUCAAAUUGAAGAUGAUAAAUUCCAAGGACAAAUGAUCAUCGAUAAUACCGAUCUAGGUUUUCAACAAACAUAUAAACUACGCGGCAAAGCAGAUCGUGGACCACCUGUUGGUCAUUUACAAAUCGAAAGUAAAGUUGGUAGAGUAACAACACAUUCAAUUGAGAUAGCCAAUAAACGAGCGAAACGAACAGCAUACUUUGUAACAUGCAAUCUUCCGUUCGUGCAAGGACCAGCCUAUGUUUGUAUUGCACAAAAGAAAACUGCGCGAUAUGAGUUUCAAAUAUGUUCACCAAAACGAGGCAAUUACAAAGGUGUGGUUGUGUUUCAACCUGGACCGUGGCCAAUUAAGGAUGUUGAUUCCGAUGGCGAUGAAAUUCCAGCAUUAGAACCUGAUGAACCUACAGAUUUUCAAUAUUCACUCUGGUUUACUAUUGAUAUUAACGUUGAACCACCUGAUCCACAAUCAACUGUGGAAUUAACCGCACCUUGCUUAAGUUCAAACUCAUUGAUUGUUCCAUUACGGAAUCCGCUUGAUCAUCGAAUACGUUUAGAAGUAGAAUUUCAAUCAUUACCUGAUGUUUCCGGUAAUGACACAAUCGAGAUUGAUGCGAAUGGUGAAGCUCGUUAUGAACUUAUCUACAAACCUAAAACUGUCGGUUGUUGGAAUGGAGGUCUGGUGUUUUUCAAUGAAGAGAUCGGUGAAUUUUGGUAUAACUUAAAUUUAACAAGUACCAAUCCACGAAAAGUUGAUCUACAACCAAUGAAUGCGCCACUCGGAGGUUAUACAACUCAAGAAAUAACUCUCGAAAAUCCAUUAGACGAACAAAUUACUUUUCAAACGAUGUCUUCGAAUAAUAACAACUUUUCACUAAAUACUGAUCAAGAUACGAUAACAAUACCAGCGCAAAGUCAAACUAAAGUGAAUGUGAUCUUUAAUCCUUCAUCCAUUGGCAGUGGUACUGAGCAACAACCACAUCAAUCGAUAAUUUCAUUCAGCAACGAUAAGGUGGGCACAUUGACCUAUAGCGUUAAAGGUGUGGGUACAAAACCUCAAAAACUCCAGGCGCCAGUGAUUAUAAAAACCGAAAUCGGAGUCAGUGCGACUACAAAUAUCAGUUUUCAAAAUCCAUCGAACCACACCAUCCGAUGUGAUCUGUCUCUUUCAACAGGCACAAGUAAUUCGUUCCGUGUCGUACUUGAUAAGCUAGAAAAUAUCACAUUGGGACCACGUGAACGAUUUCCAAUUCCGAUUGCUUUCUGUCCGGAAAUGUUGGCGCGACACGAAGCACAAUUACGUAUCAUUGGACGAUUAUCACCAGGCAAAACAUGGUCGCCAGACAACGCGGAUGCAUCGGAACUUUCGUGGACUUAUCCAUUACAAGGUAUUGCAUUUAACUGGAUCGCACAACGACGAGAAACUGAUAAUGAAUUGAAAACAAUUGAAUGUGUAUGUGGCGAACGAAUUGAAGAACAACUUGAAUUUGAAUUAAAUCAAAACUUAUUCCGUUUCGACGAACGAUAUCUGAUUAACAUGAAAAAAAAUGCGACAGCGAUUGAAGAUUAUUCCAUUGUAAAUGAAAAUAGUCCAAAUCAAACAUUUAUCCAAAACUCCGUUGGUAUUCAACUGCUGAAACGUGAUAACGAAAAAACCAAUAUUGCUCGAUUCAAUGUUGUUUAUUCUCCGACGAAAUUAAUCACAAUGGACUGCGUACUUGUGUUGACACUUGGAAGUGGUGGCCAAUUGAAAUAUCCCAUUCGUUUUGUUACACGCGAUGCUCCGCCUGAUGAUGAAAUAGUAGUAGAAACUGUUGGCUUGAACCGAACAUCUACGAUUGGUUUCCGUCUAUACAGUCCAACAGAUUCACCGAUUCCGUUUGAAGCGUAUUUAACAUCGAACAGUGAUCGAUCAUUUAGUAUCACACCUGAGCGUGGAGAUUUAUUACCAGCCAGUGCGAAUGGAACUUUAUUGAAAUUAUCAUUCUGUCCAACUGUUUACGGACGAACAUUCACCGGAAUGUUAAUAAUUGAUGCCAAAGAUAAUCAAUGGAAGUAUGUCGUUCGGGGUUUAUUACCACAGUACGAAGCACCGAAAACACAUUCAAGUUUGCCAUCUGUUAACAGUGAUGACUAUGCUAGUCGACGUGGAUACAAGAAACGAAAUUUUAUCCUCGAAAAUCUUCAACUUCAUCAAACAGCGAUCUCAUCACCGAUUAAAGGCGCAUCUGUAUUAACAAAGCCAAACGAAACCACCAGUGUUUGA